AAAUGGAUCCUCAAUCAGCGAGUGUAUGUACCGUACCCCCUUAACCAUCAUCAGAUAGUCCUCUAGUUAACAAUACUCUUAGAACCUUUCUUUCAUCCUCAAUAAACCCCAUGACGUCCAGUUUUCAGCCAAGCCCGUCCCUUCCCUCCAAACACCCCACGAUGUCCUCGUCGCCGUGAACUACACUGGAAUUUGCGGCUCGGACGUGCACUACUGGGAGCACGGUGCUAUCGGCCACUUCGUUGUUAAAGAUCCCAUGGUUUUGGGCCACGAGUCGUCCGGUACCGUCGUCCAAGUCGGUCCCGAGGUGAAAACGUUAAAGCCUGGUGAUCGUAUUGCUUUAGAACCUGGCUAUCCCUGUCGGCGAUGCCAACCUUGCCUGAGUGGCAAGUACAACCUCUGCCCCGAGAUGCGUUUUGCCGCGACGCCUCCCUACGACGGUACGCUGACGGGCUUCUGGGUGUCCCCUGCCGACUUCUGCUACAAGCUGCCCGACAACGUCUCCUUGCAAGAAGGCGCUUUGAUCGAGCCCCUCGCCGUAGCCGUUCACAUCGUCCGACAAGCAGUCGUAACCCCAGGCCAAUCGGUCAUCGUAAUGGGAGCUGGUCCCGUUGGUCUUCUCUGUGCAGCAGUAGCCCGUGCCUUCGGAGCGUCCAAGGUAGUCUCCGUCGAUAUCGUCGAGUCAAAGCUCGCCUUCGCCAAGUCCUUCUGCUCGACACACACGUACAUUAGCCAACGUGUGCCCGCGGAGCAGAAUGCAGCCAAUAUCCGGAAGGAGGCAGACCUUCCUGACGGUGCGGAUGUGGUGAUAGACGCAAGUGGCGCGGAGCCCAGUAUCCAGACGAGCUUGCACGCGGUACGCACGGGCGGCACGUACGUCCAGGGCGGCAUGGGCAAGUCGGACAUCACAUUCCCCAUCAUGGCCAUGUGCAUCAAGGAGGUCACCGCCAAGGGAAGCUUCCGCUAUGGCAGCGGUGACUACAAGCUCGCCGUCGAGCUCGUCGCUAGCGGCAAGGUGGACGUUAAGAGGCUCGUCAGCGCCGUUGUUGCGUUCGAAGAGGCCGAGGACGCGUUCAAGAAGGUCAAGCAGGGCGAGGUCAUUAAAAUAUUGAUCGCGGGCCCGAACGAGAAGGGCGCCGCUGCCGUUGCUGCUAAAGCUUAGGCUUGUCAUAAAACAUAUUGAUGAUUUCCCGGCGUAGGCUAGAUAGGUAUAUAUAGAAAUACGCUGAUGAUAAACGCGACGGCUGUUGUCGGUUGUGAUACACGGUUUGUUACUACAUAUAUGCGAAUUUCAGAGGUGUGACUCUAAUAUUCGUAUUCAGAGUAAUAGUAUAUACAUGUCUGCCACGAGUCCACUUAUUUCGCCCCAAUGUUUCUCGUCACCCGUGCCCGUCUUAGC